GGGAUGAUAGUCAUAAAUUGUUAUUCGGGGAAAAAGACUAAUGAUUAGAUAAAAAAUCUGCGCACCUAGUUACGAAAAACCUUAAACUGUUAAUAUCAUUCUUCAUUUAUAGCACAGCCUUCGUGAAUUGUGCUUCGACGGAAUUUUCGUUCCUGCGUUGUAGUGUUAUAAGUGCAAAAAUGUUGAAGAUUGCGAUACUAAUUGCUUUAGUGGGAUGCUCCCUGGGAUCGAACCUACUGGACGAAAAUGUCCCAGAAAAUUUUGUCAUGGGUGGAACAAAUGUUGCACAGGGAGAAUUUCCAUGGACAGUUCUUGUUAGGGUGCUAAAUAACUUCGCGCAAGGAGUUGUUCUCAAUGAUCGACACAUCUUGACCGCUGCAUCGGUUGUCACUGAAGGAAAUCGAUCAAUUAAUCACUUCUGGGUGAGGAUAACAGCCGGUGAUAACCACGUCUUGGGAACCAGCAUGAACCGUGAAGAACGAACACUUUCCCACCUCUUUAUCCACGAUCAUUUUAACCAUCUAACAGGCGUCAAUAAUCUUGCUGUACUUCGUUUAUCUACUCCUUUCUUAUUUCCUCACAAUACCAUUGAAGGUGCUAUUCUAAAUAGUCGAAUUAUCCCUGUUGGAACUUCUGUACAAUUUGCUGGUUGGCAAUUUCCAAUUCCUGUGGCUGAAAACCAAAGAAUGUUAAGAUCCUUUAGUAUGAAUACCAUCACUAAUGCAGUUUGUACGACUCCUCCUGCAAAUACUAAUAGAAUCUUAACAAAUAUGUUCUGCUGUGGACAACUAACACCUGCUCCCACAAAUAGUCCUUGCAAUGGUAACCAAGGGGGUGGUGUAUACUUUAACAGACAACUUAUUGGAAUUUUCCACGAUGGAAUAACUUGCAACCAAGUCAAUAAUCCCAGCAUUUUCAUGGAUGUCCGAUUCUACCUUGAUUGGAUUAACCAGACGUACAAUCGUACUGAUUUAACGCCACCAGGAACAGAAUUUCCACGUGCAACACCAGCAGUAGAUCAACAAUAAAUUCUGAAAAUUCUAACUUUAAACUUGUACAUUUCAUUAACUGAUAUACCAUUGAAACAUUGAGUUUGAAAUAAAAGUCUCUAGCAUACCAUAA